CACCAUAUUUGUAGGUGUGGCCAUUGCCUCCCAUGCUUCCCCUCCUGGGUGGCGCCACAGUCUUUGUCAACUCAACUUUUUUAUAUAACCUGGGUUGAUAGUGGUCAUACAUUUUUAAUUCUCAUUAGAUGUUAUGUGCCACUCUGAAGCCUACACUGACACCUUCCUUUUUUUUUUUUUCCACCACUGAAGACUGUAGCACAAAUCUGACUGAUUACUCUCACCGCAGCUUCCUCUUUAAUCCGGUCAAGAUGACAUCAGUCUUGCCGGGGAGGGGGCGCCGGCUAACGCCAUUUUCACGCUCCUAGCAGUCAGUCAUCGUAGCACGGAGCUGUCAUUUUGCAGGACCGAUUCAUCUUUCAGUCCGCCACAUGACGCAACGGUCCGGGCAGUGACGCAGAGCUGUUGCUGGUAUGGAAAAGACACAGGACAGGACUCACCUGAGCGGCGGCUCCGAUUAGACUGUUAGGUGCUAGCAUGCAGCUAACUGCCCUACAGCGUUUGAUUCAAUAAGGUCCAGCUAACCAAAAUACAUUCAACCCGGACCCGGAAAUUCUUGUUUCUUCCACCGCAUAUUUUUUCACACCUGUAACCCGCUGUUGACGGAGAAAGGGACGUUGGAACGACUCUGAGGAGCUCCACUGGCAACGAAUGUCCCACAGAACGGAUGCGUGAGGACAUGUCCACCAUGGUUUGCGUGAAGGAGGAGGAGGACCCGGGGGAGAAACUGUCUCAGGAUGAGAUCAUCUCCCGAACCAAGCAGGUGAUCCAGGGACUGGAAGCGUUAAAGCAAGAACAUCAUUCCAUCAUGGAAGGCCUGCUGGGCACGCUGCAUUGCCUGAAGAAGGAUGAAGAAGGUGUCCUGGUGGAGGAGAAGUCACACAUGAUCCAGAAGUCCCUGGAGAUGCUGGAACUUGGUCUGAGUGAAGCUCAGGUGAUGAUGGCACUGUCAAGCCACCUGAGUUCAGUGGAGUCAGAGAAACAAAAGCUCCGGGCUCAAGUACGCAGACUCUGCCAGGAGAACCAGUGGCUGAGGGAUGAGCUAGCUGGAACGCAGCAGAAACUGCAGAAGAGUGAGCAGAGCGUGGCCCAGCUUGAGGAGGAGAAGAAGCACUUAGAAUUCAUGAACCAGCUGAAGAAGUAUGAUGAGGACCUUUCCCCCUCAGAAGAAAAGGAGUGUGACUCCAGUAAGGAGACACUGGAUGACCUCUUUCCAGAUGACCAGGAUGACCAAGCUCCAGGCAUCCAGCCGGCUCAUGGUAGCGCUGCAGCAGCAGCUGCCCAGCAGGGAGGUUAUGAGAUCCCAGCCCGUCUUAGGACCCUCCACAACCUGGUAAUCCAGUAUGCCUCCCAGGGCAGGUAUGAGGUGGCUGUGCCCCUCUGCAAACAGGCCUUGGAAGACCUGGAGAAGACCUCUGGACACGAUCACCCAGAUGUAGCCACCAUGCUCAACAUCCUGGCGCUUGUUUACAGGGAUCAGAACAAAUACAAGGAAGCAGCCAACCUGCUAAAUGAUGCUCUGGCCAUCAGAGAGAAGACUCUUGGCCGAGACCAUCCAGCUGUGGCAGCUACCCUCAACAACCUGGCUGUCUUAUAUGGGAAGAGAGGGAAGUACAAGGAGGCGGAACCUCUCUGCAAGAGAGCACUGGAGAUCAGAGAAAAGGUGUUGGGCAAAGACCACCCAGAUGUAGCCAAGCAGCUGAACAAUCUUGCCCUGCUGUGCCAGAACCAGGGCAAGUAUGAGGAAGUGGAAUAUUACUACAUGAGAGCACUGGAGAUCUACCAGACCAAACUGGGACCAGAUGACCCCAAUGUGGCCAAAACAAAGAACAACCUGGCUUCCUGUUACCUAAAGCAGGGCAAGUUCAAGCAAGCUGAGACUCUGUAUAAAGAAAUCCUCACCCGUGCUCAUGAGAGGGAGUUUGGCUCUGUUGAUGAUGAGAACAAACCAAUCUGGAUGCAUGCUGAGGAGAGAGAGGAACAAAGCAAGGGGAAGCAGAAGGACAGCUCACCAUUCGGAGAAUAUGGAGGCUGGUACAAAGCAUGUAAAGUUGACAGCCCCACUGUUACCACAACCCUGAAGAACUUGGGUGCCCUUUACAAGCGGCAGGGCAAGUUUGAGGCAGCUGAGACUCUUGAGGAGGCAGCCAUGCGUUCCAGGAAGCAGGGUCUGGACAAUGUGCACAAGCAGCGGGUUGCCGAGGUUCUGAGUGAACCAGAGGCACGUGAGAAGCAGCGCAGCCGAGAGAGUUUGACUUCAGACACAGUGAAGUAUGAGAGCGGGCCAGACGGAGGCGAGGAAGUGAGUAUGAGCGUGGAGUGGAACGGGGACGGCUCAGGAUCCCUGAAGAGGAGUGGCUCCUUCAGUAAACUACGAGCGUCCCUACGUCGAAGCAGCGAGAAACUCGUCCGCAAGCUAAAAGGCGGCAGCUCGUCACGGGACAAUGAGCACAAAAAUCCUGGCAUGAAGCGAGCCAGCUCUCUGGGUGUUCUUAACUUGCCGGACAAGCCUGCCAGAGACCUCUUCCAAGAACGAAAUCAUCGUUUAAGAAAACAUCAUGACCUGAGUGCCAGCCAAACCGACCUGGCGCUUUGAAGGAAGUGAACAACCAACCCUUGACCCCUGGACCGCUUUCACUGUAAAUUACUGUUUGUAGAAAAGCUUAAUCUGUUCAUCUUACUUCAGCAUCACAACACAAAGUGCUCACUGGAGAGCCUCUAAGCUUUGACUGCACUGUUUUAGCAGGAAGCUUGUGCUCCUUUUCACUACGUAUUGAGGAGUGUGAAUGUACUGUGGUCUGCUGCAUGUUUUUCUGUGAGAACACCCAUGUUUUAGUUGUUUCCUAAAUUUCUGUGACCAUCGAUGAACAAUAUUGUGUGCAAUGCUAGUGUUAGUUUGAAGGAAACCACAAACAUAAGUUCUACUUUAUCAAACCAGGGCUUAAAAUGAGCUCACUGUUUCACCGAGCUAAUCUAAACAGAUAUGUAGUGGUUUUAAAUCCUAGGGGAAAGUGGCAGUGGAAACAGGAAAAAAAUGUAUGUCUUACUGGCUGAAAGUUCAAUUUUAUUAUAUCAUGACGCUAUGAUAAAUACUGCCAUUUAUUAACAGAAAGUUUAGAACUACUGAUGGCUACUUCUACAAUUGCAGUGUAGAAGUAGCCAUCAGCUACAAAAUAGUGUGUCCAAAACAAGUCACCUGCAAAUCAAUAGGAACAACUUUUCUCUUGAAAACCUCAGUAAUGAUUUAUUUAAAUUAGAAUAAAAUGUUCAGAUUAUUGUCCACCUGGCCAGUUUGAAAAUAAUUCCAUAAUAAAUUAAUUAAUCAACCCUAAAAGGAUAGAUUCAGCAUUUUUUAAAGUGAGGUUUAAGCUGGUUGUCUACAUGUGCCAGAGCGGUUUUGCUCUACAAAAAAGAUAUCUCAAGAGGAAAUUCCAAUUGCGUGAUUUACUUUAUUAAAUCAACACUGCAUCCAGCAUUAAAGUAGGAAGGUCACAUUGCUGUAAUAGUAGUCCAUGUUUUUUAUGACCUUCAACCAUUUUGAUUAUUUGUGUGUCUGUGCGUGGGUUGAUGUGUGUGGGUAAGCGUAUAUGUAGAAGUAAGUGUGUUUGUGGAUGUAUGUGAGCGAGUUCGUCACCUGAAGCUACACAGUUGUUAGAGCGGUGAGAACGAUAGAAAGCCUGCAAUACUUGGCACCCAAGAGCAGCAAAGACACGUCUCUGGUCCCAGGUAGAUUGAUAUUAGGCAUCAGCCCAGAGCAGCCAAACGCCCCACACAGAGGUAGGUCGCCAGCGAAGCACAAGAGCAGCAGUGCCUAGGCCAAAGAGGCAGUGUAAAAUGUGGGGCACCGAAACCCCCCGACCCAGCCACACUGCCAUCUCCCGCCAUGGCAGUCCAGUGCCUGCAGCAAGACCCCCUAACCCCCAGGCAACAGAGACCCCCCUCCCAGAACCCCUGACACUCAGAAGGACAAAGGGAAGGGAGGGAACAUUACCAUCCCACCUGAUAAACUCUUCCCAGGGAGGUCAAGAAAGAAGGAUGCCACCAGAACCCAGCAUGGCCCCAAUUGGCCGUAGCUGGCCCGACACAUCCCAAGGAGCCAUAGGCUACCUGAUAGUAGCCCACCACUCUGGAUCAAGGCCCAAGCACCCAUACAACCAACACCACACCAAGGCUCUUCCCCAUGACACCCCACCUAACCACCACAGGUGCAGGGGAGAGAACAAAAUAGAAUCAUGGCUCAUCUCCUGUACCCAGCCUCACCCACCCUUCCAUGGUGUUUGCAUGUGUGUGUGAUAAUAUGGAACGUUGCUAUGAAUGCAAGUGUGUCUAUCUGAAGUGCACUACAAUUGGGGAUAUGCCUGGCAUCAACCCUAAGGCCCUAAGUGUCUGUAGUGCAUUAAAAUCAAGGUGCAGGAUGGGGCCAAAUAUAGCAAGAGGGCAUUGCAAGGCAUCUUACCUACAGUAGAUAUCUCCUGCUUUUUAUCUUAGGUUAACUAUAAAUUUGUUGGCCCAGAAGGUGAAGUUAAAAGCUAGUUCGAAAGGAGCUUAGAGUAAAGCAGAUUUAUAGUCUUCUAACCCCUAACCCUUCACAGAAGGUGAUGAUCUUUUAGACAGAAAAUGGAGGUCGGGCCGGUGCGCCACCAUUGAUCUUCCUAUGUGAAACACAGGCUGAUAAUGUAACAUGUCCUGUCUAAAUAACUGCCUAAUACAAACGUAAAAUAGUGAAUAGUAAAAAUACUAAAAUAGUCUGCUGUGGUCUUAGCCCCUGUUGGACUAGCUGUUAACUUCAACCUCUGGGAUUAACUCAUCUUUUUUUAUGCUAAAAGAAACAUGAACAUAGUUACACUUAAGCCCAAAACUAUUUAUACCCCUUUCAGAUUUAGGUUUAAAUCAAUACCAUAUUUCUUCAGACUAGAAGUAACAUUAUUGUUUUGUAGUGGGCCAAAACAGCCAGAUUCAAGUCCUGACUUGUCCUGACUUGAAUCUGAUGUGUAGGGAGCUAAAGAAUGGGGUAACAGCAAGGAGGCCUAUCAAUCUCAAAGAUCUGGAGCUCAUUACCAAAGAUAAAUUAUUAACAUAGCAGUGUAAACAUGCAAAAGCUGGUUAGCAAUUGUAAGGGUUUGAUUGUAGUAAUGUCAAUCAAGAUUUUCCCAUUCAGUAUUAAAAAUGGUUGAAAAACAUUUUUUAUUUAAAUAUGAAAAAUAUAUCGUCUCAGGAUUGACUAGCCUUUUAGAUAGUUUUAUUGUCUUUUGAGAGAUGUUGAUCUCAUUUCAUAUUAGUUAAAUAAAAAUAAUUUUAAAUCCAAGUUUGCCAGGGGUACUAAUAAUUUGGGGCUUAACCGUAUCUACUGCAGGUAAGAUACUAACUACUCAUUUGUCUCAUUUCAAAAAAGCUAAGCUAUCCCUUUAAAAUAUCCAUUUUUGUUUUUAGUGUCACUCUCCAGCUAUAACCUCCAUUGAAAUUUGAUCAUUCCUGUCUUCAAAAUAACUCUAGAUGAUUAUGACUGAAGGGAGUAUUUGAAGCUUUAAAAUGUCCACAAACCAGUUACCUAAAACCAGCAAAGCUCACAGUCUGUAAAUUAAACCAAACCAAUGUCCAAAGUUUGCCUCAGAAAAUAUCUGCAUUAGAACAUGUCUGUGUUCCACGUGUCCAAGUUUAAUGCUAGCUCCACAGGUUCUCAGGUCUCAUAUGAGUUUCUGAAAGCACAGAAAAGUCACUUGUGUUGAACUAUAUUUGAAGGACAGACGCUGAAACUUGACUGGCCUCAUCUCGGCUGCUUCCUCCUCAAAUGUUCUGUUCUGUGUUGAAUGAAGAUUCAGCUUCUGAAAUAUAAAGUCCAGUGUUUACAUUUUGUUUGAUGCUAUUUUACUUGUAUUUAUCCAUGCUCCAUUCUGGAAAAUUCUUUUUAUGUUUAUGAAAAAAACUUAAGAUUUGUUCAUAAUGUUAUUUUAAUCUGAAUUAACUGAACAUGACAGUUAUGGCUAAUUAUGCACAAUUUUAAAUUACUCUACAGUUUUAAACAAUACCAGGAGAAAGGUUUCUAGUUGUUUUCGAUGUUUGAUCUAGACAAACCUUUACGUGAGUGAAGUGCAAAUUCAGCUUGUUUUCUGAUGCUUUUAUUCCAAGCAGUUUGUAGGUAAAACGUAUACAACACUGUACCAGUGAUUUGUGUUAUGCUAGUCUUUACAGCAGCUGGAUGCUCUGCUUUAAUCAAUGCAAGCUACCUAUGAAGUUCUAAUUUAAUGUGUAAAGAUUAUUUUGAACCAAAGCUGUAAAAGUUAACCUUUGAUUAAACGUUCCAGCCUUCCUGAA